AUGUGGUGGACUUGCCAGUGCAUUAACUGUACUCCUUGGUACAAUCCAACAUCUACUAUGAACUCGAUCAUAUUCUCCCCUUUGAAAGUCAAAUCAGCACCCUCACGACUCCAUGGUACACCACAGCCUAUAUCUCGGAUGUCGCCUGCCAUCACAAAUGAUGUGCCCAGCACAAACCAACCUCGGUUUUCACUGGCCAGCAUUGCUGCCUUGGACUCAAACACAUUUGCUCAGGAAUUUACCAAGACCGAACGCCAGGCGGCUGCACGUGCACUGCUCAGACAUGAUGCUCACCUUGAUGGCACUCAUUUUCAUACCAGGAAACCCACUGGUCUUCAUCCUUCGUAUAUCGCUUUCAACUCAUACACAACUUUGGAUGAGAAGUCUAUGAUGCAUGAGGAAUUUGUUGAGGCAGCAUUGCAGGACCUUUUGAUGCAGUCGCAAUGCAAGACCAUCUUGAUGGCGGGAUCUCUCUUGUUAUUUGUUGUCCUGGCUCUGAAGCUACACCAACUUUUUCACCCGAGCAUCUCUCUCUCGAUCUCUAUAUCACACCGUGUGAAUUAUGCUUUUGGGGAAGAGUUUGCAGUCCCACAUUUGCAGCACUUCACAGAGCGCUGCCACAUUGAGGGUGUUGUCCCUCCUCACCACCACCCAGCAAGUCAGGUCAAUCCAUCUGCAGUCCCGCACUUGCCGGUACCUAUGGCUGCUACAGGUUCCCGCAUUCAUUGUUCAGUGCGUCCUCCUCAGCAGUUUCAGCAUGAUCUUCAAGCUAAUGCCCAGUCCAACACAGCAACCUCCUCUGCUGUUCAGGAGGGUAGAGCUAUGGCACUUUUGGACUCCGACAUGCCACCUAACAAGAUUCGACGACGUCGACCUGCUAACACAUUUUUCACUAAGGGUUUGAUGGUUCCCGGAACCGAGAUACAAGAGAUGCGAGCACCAACAUCCUUUACACCACCACUAAUUAGCCUCGGCCCACAUACAGAUGCUGUACUUGAUCGUUUCAAAAUGGAUGAUAUGAUGCUUCUUAGGCUUCAUGCAUUCAUCAGAUCCAUUCGCAGCAGCCAUUGGGAAGCAGUGCUUCGAUCCCCGAAAUGGGAUCUAACGUAUGAACAGGCUUCAAAUUUAGCUAGAGCCCUCCUUGUGGACCUCCAGGGAGUGCAUCAACAGGUUUACAUGAAUUUUGUGGCACCAAUGGUUUUGCACAGCUUCAUGGUGACGAACAGUCGCAGAUGGGUCCAAGCCCAACCCUCUCGCCGUCCAAAAGUGACCCUCAGCAAGGAGGCUCGUGCAGCCAUAACUGCCCAAUGUCGCAAUAAAUCCCAUCAGUUUAGGGUAGCUCUUCACAAUGCUUGGGAUGAGCUCGAUGAGACUAUGAAGACCAUUGCGUCCUCGCACCAUAAGAGUUUCUGUCAUGUCCAGAACGACUUAUGCAUGGGCCAUGAGAUGUUAUGCUACCAACGCUCUAAGUUGAGUGCAUGGAACAUGUUCUGCUGGAAGAAGCAUCAUGAAGACAAGGAAAAUGGGGCCACAGGAAAGGCUGUAUUGCAAGAUCUCAUUAGGGAUGAGAACUGCGAUGAAUAUUGCAACCUCACAGACAAUGAGAAGGCACAGCUUUUGCAGGAGUACCGUGAACACAAGGAGACGAAGACUACCGGCAUCCAUAUCUUGACAAAAUCAAAAGUCAACGAUGUAACACAGACACUCAAGGCUGUCGAGAAUGAGCUCAAGAACUUAUGGACGUGUACAGGUGCCGAGAGUAUCCUCUAUACCACACGUGGCUCUACAGAUCUCCCCCUCCGUGGUAUCGCUUUUGCAACUGAAGGUGUCCAUGAGUUCAUGGGCUCGGUGAUGAAUAUUGAUGACCAGGACCUUGUGAGUAAGAUGGAGGGGUUUGCUGUCCAGGGGAUGAAAGGCGCUGCGAGGAACCACCAAAAACGCACAUCAGAUAUUUGGAGCACAAUUCACCAGGAAAUCAACAAGACACUUCGCUGCGUGCACUUGUCCGAACCUUCUGCAGGCAGUUCUCGUGUUCCGAGACCCGUCCAAACCUCGCAAGUUACCAUACCAUGUCCUAUCCUCGUCCUUUUGACUUCGCUGUGCUACACGGAUAACAUCGGCAUCCUGUCGGUGUCUUCUUUGAUAGAUGAUCUAUAG